AAACGACCUUCAGUCAUCCUACUGGUUGCCUUCAGAGGGGAGCUAGCGCCUGGAGCUCGGUCUGUCCGUCUGGGUGCCGUUAGGGCUCUGGCCAGAGCCACACGCCCAGCACUUAGGACUUGUGUGCUUAGCUGUAGACUGUCACACCCGAGUAAAAGCUGGGCGGGGAAGCGCACCCUGCCCUGGCAUCAGAGGCCACUGUGUCACACCUGUUCUCUUUCUCAGCUGAAGCUAGAGGACCGCUCGGUGGUGCCCCGGGACGUGGUCCGGCACAUGCGAUCCGCCGACAGCCAGUGUGGCACUGUGAUCGACGUGAGCAUCGACUGUGCCGUCAAGCUCAUCGGCACCAACUGCAUCAUCUACCCCGUCAACAGCAAGGACCUGCAGCACAUCUGGCCCUUCAUGUACGGGGACUACAUCGCCUAUGACUGCUGGCUGGGGAAGGUGUACGACCUGAAGAACCAGAUCAUCCUGAAGCUGUCCAACGGCGCCAGGUGCUCCAUGAACACGGAAGAUGGCGCCAAGCUCUACGACGUCUGUCCCCACGUCAGCGACUCUGGUCUCUUCUUUGAUGACUCCUACGGCUUCUACCCGGGCCAGGUGCUCAUCGGCCCUGCCAAGAUCUUCUCGAGCGCCCAGUGGCUGUCUGGGGUCAAGCCUGUGCUCAGCACCAAGAGCAAGUUCCGGGUGGUGGUGGAAGAGGUGCAGGUGGUAGAGCUCAAAGUCACGUGGAUUACCAAGAGUUUCUGUCCAGGGGGCACGGACAGCGUCAGCCCCCCGCCCUCUGUCAUUACCCAGGAAAACCUAGGCAGGGUGAAGCGUCUCGGAUGCUUUGACCAUGCUCAGCGGCAGCUUGGGGAGCGCUGUCUGUAUGUCUUCCCAGCCAAGGUAGAGCCGGCCAAGAUUGCCUGUGAAUGUCCAGAAAAACACUGCGCCCAGGGGGAGGGCUCUAUGGCCAAGAAGGUGAAGCGCCUGUUGAAGAAGCAGGUCGUGAGGAUCAUGUCCUGCUCCCCGGACGCCCAGUGCUCCAGAGACCAUUCCGUGGAGGACCCAGGGAAGAAAGGAGGGGCCAAAGCCAAGAGUGAAACAGGGUCCGUCAGCCCUGAGGAGACGCCCGAUGGGUCCAGCAGCCCGGUGGAGAUGCAGGAGGAGGGCCCAGAGGAGGCCCAGGACACGGGCGAGCAGCUGCCCCCCUUCCUGCUGAAGGAAGGCAGCGACGACAGGCUGCACUCGGCAGAGCAGGACGCGGAUGACGAGGCCGCCGACGACACGGAUGACACCAGCUCGGUGACCUCCUCGGCCAGCUCCACCACCUCCUCCCAGAGUGGCAGCGGCACAAGUAGGAAGAAGAGCAUCCCCUUGUCUAUCAAGAACUUGAAGCGGAAACACAAGCGGAAGAAGAAUAAAAUCACUCGUGACUUUAAGCCGGGGGACAGGGUGGCGGUGGAGGUGGUGACCACCAUGACCUCGGCAGACGUGAUGUGGCAGGACGGCUCCGUGGAGUGCAACAUCCGCUCCAACGACCUCUUCCCCGUGCACCACCUGGACAACAACGAAUUCUGCCCCGGAGACUUCGUGGUGGACAAGCGAGUCCAGAGCUGUCCGGACCCCGCGGUCUACGGCGUGGUGCAGUCUGGGGACCACGUGGGCCGCACCUGCAUGGUGAAGUGGUUCAAGCUGCGGCCCAGCGGCGAUGACGUGGAGCUGAUCGGAGAAGAGGAGGACGUGAGCGUCUACGACAUUGCCGACCACCCUGACUUCCGGUUCCGCACGACUGACAUCGUCAUCCGCAUUGGCAACACCGAGGACGGAGCUCCUCACAAGGAGGAUGAGCCUUCAGUCGGCCAGGUGGCCCGUGUGGACGUCAGCAGCAAGGUGGAGGUCGUGUGGGCCGACAACUCCAAGACCAUCAUCCUGCCCCAGCACUUGUACAACAUCGAGUCUGAGAUUGAGGAGUCGGACUACGACUCGGUGGAAGGCAGCACCAGUGGGGCGUCCUCGGACGAGUGGGAGGAUGACAGUGACAGCUGGGAGACGGACAACGGGCUGGUGGAGGACGAGCACCCCAAGAUAGAGGAGCCUCCCAUCCCGCCCACUGAGCCGCCGGCAGCCCCCGAGGAGGACAAGGGGGUAGUGAUCAGCGAAGAGGCUGCCACGGCCGCCAUCCAGGGGGCCGUGGCCAUGGCCGCCCCCGUGGCUGGGCUGAUGGAGAAGGCCAGCAAAGACGGGCCCCCGAAGAGCUUCCGGGAGUUGAAAGAGGCCAUCAAGAUCCUGGAGAGUCUCAAGAACAUGACUGUGGAGCAGCUCCUGACGGGUUCGCCCACCUCUCCCACUGUGGAGCCCGAGAAACCAACUCGGGAGAAGAAGUUUCUAGAUGACAUCAAGAAACUGCAGGAAAAUCUCAAGAAGACCCUGGACAAUGUGGCCAUCGCAGAGGAGGAGAAGAUGGAGGCGAUGCCAGACACGGAGCGCAAGGAGGAGAAACCCGACGGGCAGUCGCCCGUGAAGGCCGAAUGGCCCAGCGAGACGCCGGUGCUCUGCCAGCAGUGCGGCGGCAAGCCCGGGGUCACCUUCACCAGCGCCAAGGGCGAGGUCUUCUCGGUCCUGGAGUUCGCGCCCUCAAAUCACUCGUUUAAGAAAAUUGAGUUCCAGCCUCCAGAAGCCAAGAAGUUCUUCAGCACGGUGCGGAAGGAGAUGGCGCUGCUGGCCACCUCGCUGCCGGACGGCAUCAUGGUCAAGACCUUCGAGGAUAGAAUGGACCUCUUCUCAGCCCUGAUCAAGGGCCCCACUCGCACCCCCUACGAGGACGGCCUCUACUUGUUUGACAUCCAGCUCCCCAACAUCUACCCGGCCGUGCCCCCCCACUUCUGCUACCUCUCCCAGUGCAGUGGCCGCCUGAAUCCCAACCUGUAUGACAACGGGAAGGUGUGCGUCAGCCUCCUGGGCACCUGGAUCGGAAAGGGCACAGAGAGGUGGACGAGCAAAUCCAGCCUUCUGCAGGUGCUCAUCUCCAUCCAAGGUCUAAUCCUGGUGAACGAACCGUACUACAACGAGGCGGGCUUCGACAGCGACCGGGGCCUGCAGGAGGGCUACGAGAACAGCCGCUGCUACAACGAGAUGGCGCUCAUCCGCGUGGUGCAGUCCAUGACGCAGCUGGUGCGGCGGCCGCCCGAGGUCUUCGAGCAGGAGAUCCGGCAGCACUUCCGCGCCGGCGGCUGGCGGCUGGUGAGCCGCAUCGAGUCCUGGCUGGAGACGCACGCGCUGCUGGAGAGGGCCCAGGCCCUGCCCAACGGGGUCCCCAAGGACAGCAGCUCCCCGGAGCCGCUCGCCGCGGCCGAGCUCUCAGACUACGGCCGAGACGAAGCCGAGGACGGAGGGCUGGCGCCCGGAGAGGCCUCGCAGGGCUCGGACUCGGAGGGCGGCGCCCAGGGCCCGGCCUCGGCCGGCAGGGACCGCACAGACCAGACUUCGGAGGCCGCACCUGACGCCCCGGUGCCCCCCAGUGUCAGACCAAAGAAGCGGAGAAAGAGCUACCGCAGUUUCUUGCCCGAGAAGAGUGGCUACCCUGACAUCGGCUUCCCUCUCUUUCCGCUCUCUAAGGGCUUCAUCAAGAGCAUCCGGGGUGUCCUGACGCAGUUCCGGGCGGCCCUGCUGGAGGCGGGCAUGCCGGAGAGCGUGGAGGGCAAGUAGCCGCCGGCCCUCGAGGAAGAGGCGUCCGGUGGGGAGGGGCCAGCUGCCGCCCACCCCCUCCCUCCCCUGGAGCCUUCCCCCUUCCCGUGUUCUCCUCUGUCCCCAACGCGCCAGCCCUUCCGUUGCCCCCACCCCGAGGUGAGUUUGAUGCUAAAGUGCAAGAAGUUCCAUGAGAUGCUGCCGUUUCUUUUCCGGAACAGUCUUCCAACAGGCCAGUCCCCUGUGGCAAAGAGAAUCUGAAACCUGUUGCUGAUUUUCCGCUUGUCACCCAGGCAGCGCGUCCCGGCACUAGCUCCCUCGCCGUCCCCAUCUCAGGGCGGAGGUGGGGUCUUCCGAGGGCCUGGCGCGGGGCGCUCUCUGCCCGUGGGCGUGCAGCUCGGCCGCAGGACGAGUGGGUGUGCCUUGCAUGAAGUGUGGGCUGCUCCGGCGGUCCCCUCCUCCAGCCCUUCUGACCUCUUCGGUGCCCCCGUAGCUUCCCCGCAGCUGAGGAGUUGUGGCUGCCGUCACGACUCCCGGCCCCGCUCUGGACCGUUGACCGCAGGAUGACCCUCGGGCCUGUUGAACUUGCUCUCUAAGAGAGGUUGGGACCAGGCUGGGUUCAGGGUGACCCCCGGGAGAGGUGGUGGCCUCGCGUGUAACGUGGACCGGGGACCAGGUUGCUGCCGGACGAGUAGACAGCUCUAGGUGCCUUGCUCGUGCAUCCCUGGUAGCUGGGGCCCCGCAGUGCCAGCCUUGCCACUCAGAUGAAAGUGGGUCUGCUCCCUGCUGAGUCAGCAGGGCAGCGGCACAGACACCUGCCGGGCCCUCUCCCGCAGACUCUGCCCCUCCCGUUGUCACAUGCUAACCCUGGGAGGUGACACCGAAGGAGCCAGCCCGCCCUCCCGCCUUCCCUCUUUCCCUCCCUCCCUCUCUCUCUUUCUCUCUCUGUCUCUCGGAUGAGGACGAGGCCUCCUGAUGCUUACAGACUCUGCGGGCUCGGUCUGGGGGGAGAGGUGGCCGACAGGAGCUCCCCUCCCCCGCAGAGACAGGCCCAGAGGUUUACAGUUUUCUAAGCUUUUGAUAACGUGAAGCCCCAGGCUAAGAGGGUGCUGCUGAGCACACUGCAGCUAUGUAAUUUUUGGUGUAUGUAUGUAAUAUUUAAGGUUGAAAGAAAAUAAAUCUCAAAAGCAAAGAUACUAACUCUUAUUAGAAAAAAAAGACAAAAAAAAAAAAAGCCAAAGCAUGACGCGUCUUGUCCGCCUUAAGCUGGCUCCACGCCUGUGCUGUGCCACCCCAGCCAGCGGGCAGCAGCCGCGGGGAAGGACGGAGCGGGCCGCGGGCCGCGGCGCUUGGAGCCCUGAGUCGGCACCUUGUUGGAGAAGCAUCUAGAGUGACUGGCGGGGCUGUGCUUCCCGGUGCGUUGUGCACGUGGAGAUGUGAAUGCCUACUGCUUAAGGCCUCUGUAUAAAGUGCUGUGUGAUUAAACUUUUUUUUUUUACUUGCAUUUUUUCCGUUUGGCUCAUUACAAUGUACAAAAAAGACAAGGUGGCACCAUUAAACCUGCCUCUGCCAUUCA